AUGUUUCAAGGUACAAGAGGCCACGAAAAAUAUGACGCAUGUUUUGAGGGAGCGUCCGUGGACAAUAGAAAAAGAUCAUUAAACGAGAUUUGAUAUCUGCCUUUUUCGAGAGCGUCUGUAUAACGAUUCCUACCACUUGAAAGUUCAUAUAAAGUCGGAUGGACCCAUUACGGACCCUCUAAUUAGAGAACUGAGCAAAUUCUUACACGCGGAUCCAGUUUCGAGGAAAUUCUUCUCAAAAGUCUUUUAGGUUGAGCAGAUAAUCUCUUCUGUUUUCAGUGGCUCACCCAGGUCUAAAGUCACAAAAGUUUCAAAUCUAUCCACGUGUUAAGACCCGCGCAGUACUCUAGUAAGUUUUCUGUUAACUGUUAACAGAACAUGUUCUUUAAAAUCUGGAGAAAAAAAAGUUUUAUUAUUUCGUUUUUGAGCCCUUUGAACAGCCUAUACUGACCCUUUUUGCUGCCUAUUCCGUUUUUCCCUUUUUUUCUUGAGCCUUUUAAAUCCUGACAAAAGUAGGAGGUUUGAUGAAGGCUUCAUACAGAAUUCUUUUAGCGACUUUUCCAGUCGCUUCCUUUUUUCACUCAUUUUCGGUUCUUUCCAGAGCUUCGCUUUUUCAGAACCACCAGCAGAGAGCCACGGCUCGCAUUCCCAUGUCUCUUGAUGCGGUCAGUUACCGAUAUUACUCACAAUUACCAAUUUCAAGAAGAAAAAAGAUGGGGGAAAAUUUUUUUUCAGUAAACUUACUAGGGAAUUACCUGCUCAGCAAGAUUUGGCGCACGGUGCAUUCUGCUUUUUUGCACGCCAAUCUUAGACCGGCCCGUGCAAUUUCGGUAAUCUUUUGGUGCAGAGGUGUCAAAACAGUGCUUUCAGCGUGCGGCACCAAAAAUACGCCGCAAUUGCACGGUGCAGGCCCAAGUUUAGCACUAGAGUGCAAAAAAGCAGAAGAAGAAUGCUCCAUCCUUACUGAGGAGGUGGGCUGGCGCCGUGGCUUGAGGACCAGUCUCAUGAUUGACUUUUUUAAGUAGGUUUGAGGGUUCGACCCUUGUUGAGGGCAAAUUUUUUUGGCAUUUUUCUAUAAUCUGUGUGCCACGACUUGAAAUUUCAUCGAACGACAUUCCGCUGUUCAGCUGCGUGCGUUCGCGAAGCGUCUUUCGAGUCUAGGUCUUGCUUUCAAUUGAUUUUUAUUGAUGUGGUAGCGCAGGAAAGUAGAGUACCUUAAUAAAAGAAAGAAACAAUCAAAAGAGCGACAAAGGUUUGCAAAGGCGCGCAGCGGCACAGCGGAAUGUCGUUUGGUGAAAACCCAAGUCGCGGUACACAGGCUAUAAAAGACAAAAACCUUUGUAAAAACUCGAAAUUCGAAAAUAUUUUAAAGUUUUAUCAAUAUAGAUGGCCUUUAUUCACUCGUUCCGUGUAUUUUCUUCACUCGAGGGGGCAGCUCUCUCACUUCAGUCGGCCGAGGCUGCCCUAUAGUGUACACGGCGUCCGUGCCCGAGCACCACCAUCACCGCCGUACCGUACCCGCGAAACUGAGGGAUCUAAUUGUGGAAGAACGAGACGAAUGACCGUAAGACCAUGCUUUCAAUUCAAUCGACUACACGUUUUGACUUCUUUUUCGCCCAAGGCGGUGUUAGUGCCGCUCAAAAGAGCAAUUUUUUCACCGCCUAGUCGAUUCCAUCUGACUAAAACAACCAAUAAAUAUUGAAGUGAAAAAAAGAUUUUUGAAUAGACUCUUCCUGCCAAAAGUUCCAAGGAAAAUUUACCUAAAUUUCCAAGAAGAAACGCUGGCAGACAUCGUUGUUGUUCAGAAAAUGGUCUUCAUUCACUCUUUUGAUUUUUUUCGAGAGCGAACGAAUCAAUAAAAAAGCGUUUUCAUUAAUUUUAUGACUUUUAAAAAGGGGCUUUAGGAAAAAUGCAAUAAAGAUUUGCACUCAACACGGAUCGCACUCACUCAAAAAAGUCAAUCAUGAGACUGGCGCUCAAGCCACUGCGCGAGCACACCUUGGCGAGAGGGGAAGGUCCAGGCGCGUUCAAGACUCUUCCCGGAUUUCUUCAGGAUUUUUUUCCCAGAAGCAUAUGCGAUUCAAGAGAUGAUCUCUCUUGUUUCUAAGAUCUCUCGUCCAGGCCUGAAAGCCACCGAAACUUUAAUUCGAAACUCGUCUCCGAGUAGUUCCCUGGUUAGGACUAGACUAGACCGAAAUUAGACAUAUCAGUGGCUAUGACCAGACUCUCUUUUCAUAAAGAUGAAAUUGCAUUGGAGCUUCCCAAUAUAUGUCUAGAGUCGAGUAAAAGAAGAAAAAAAAACUUGACUUGGGGCUUCAGACGCUAGCCAACCUGAACCAAACGAUGACGCAAGUUGCGCAUCUUCUGCGGGCCAUCGAACUCGCCGUCAUCGUCAUGGCAGUUGUUAUAGCAAUCACGCUCAUCGGUAAGAAAUCAUAGUUUCUUUUUUAAUCAUUUUGAUUAAUUACAGCUUGCACGGGAAUUUUUUACUACUCCAAGUGCAAAAAAUACAGGAUUCUUGGCGAAAAAACGGAAAUCGUCGUUUCCAGGGACGGAACCUACAAAAAGGGAAAAUACGACCCAGAGGUUGUAUGA